AUGCGUGAAACCAUCCAAACCCUGAUCAGAAGCGAUAAUUCAUCUGGCAUACCUGAAGCAAUUGAUAAAAUCUUCAUGGACAUAGGAAAUAUCAACAGAAACUCAAUGGCUAACCUACCGGAUGCUCAGGUUGAAGAAAUGGCAAUAAGCCUGUGGAACUGGGCACUUUCCAAGAAAGUUGGUUUGGAUGUAACUGGAGAGCAGAGAGCUAAAGUACGGCACGUGGCUUGCAAGAUGCUAUGCAUGUGUGAAAACCCAGAUGCUACGGAGGAAGUUAUUCAUAGGCGGAUUGUGAUGAAUAUGAAAACAGGAAAAGAAUGGGUAGAUGUUGGAAAUGGUGUGAUGGCUGAUACAUUUUUUGAAGUUGCCAUAAAUGGUUUGGAGCAAUUUUAUGCCAGAUUAGUAGAAAAUUGCCUUACUGAGCCUGCAGUGGCUAUGCAGAAGUGUGCUGUGGAGAAGGAGCUUUUCAAAGUGCUUUCUUACCAAGCAGAGUCAGCAGUUAUUCAAGGGGAUUUUCCAAGAGCAUCUACAUGCAUACUGCGCUGCAAAGAUAUGUUGAUGAGGGUCCCUAAUAUGGUCAACUAUCUUCUUGUUCUCUGUUACAACUUUGGAGUAGAAUCCCACCUGGUGCAUAAAUAUGAUGAAAGUUGUUUCUGGCUCAGCCAAAGCUAUGAUAUUUCGAGGAUGGAGGAGGUUUCUGUUGAACCCGAAAUGGUGGCUAAAAUUCUACGGUUACUGGCCAUUGUUUAUUUCGAUUGGGAAGGUGAAGAUAAUUAUGAUAAGGCUCUCCACGCUAUAAACCUAGCAAACGAGGAACAUUUAAACUCAGCUGGGAUUUACUUGAAGAUCAAAAUCCUCAUGAAGAGCAAAAUAGUUAAUGAAGAACUCAUGGAAGCUGUCAGAAGUGUACUGCAUUUUGACGUGUCUUUAGACUUCUGUCUGAGCAUUGCUAAACUGCUGAUGGAUCAUGGAAGAGAAUUUGUUGGGUUUCAUUUCCUGAAGAUCAUCUGUGAUCAUUUUGGAUCAUCGGAAAAUGUUGGCAAAGCUUUACUGUUCCAAAUUGAAAUACUUCUACGGAGGAAGGAAGAUGAGCUUGCCAAGGAGAAGGUUGAAGAAAUCAUUAUAGGUCUGCAAACAGGAAGAAAAUUGUCGACAGGAUUAAUAGGAUAUUUACACAACCUUCUGUGGAAGAAAGGUUCCCAUUCUUUUCAGAUCCAAAAUUAUCUUGAGGCCCUAAACUGGUACUACUAUUCCUUGAGAGUCUAUGAAUCAGAUCAAAUGGAUGAGGAAUUUCCUAAACUGAAGAGGAACAUGGCUUCCUGUUACCUGCAUAUGAAACAAGUUGAAAAGGCUAGAGGAGCAAUGGAAGAAGCUGAAAAACUUGAUCCUGGAAAUAUUUUCACUCAGUUUUAUGUAUUCAACGUUGCAGUCUUGGAAGGCAACUGCGAAGCAGCUAUGCGAGCAAUUACCGCUUUCAAGGAUACACUAAUGUCUGAAGAGCCAGCAGAGACUGACUUAUUUACAGAUGCUCGUUCACAUGUCAGGCUUUUAGGCUUAGCUGCCCAGUUUGCUCUAGAGAAUGGACAACAAGCUGUGGGAGAAAAAGCUUUGGAAUAUUUAGCUAUAUGUUCAGAAGACCCAGAACAAGUCUUGAUAGCUUUAAAGUGCCUGUGCCGUCUUAUUGUUCCAAAAGUUUCUGAUGUGCAGGAAUCUGAAAACAAAAAAAGAGAAAUUGAUAGACUUUUGAGUGCCUUGAAUACAGCAAUCGUGACAUUUUCCCAGGCUUCUGUUACAAGAAUUUCAAUCACACAAGCAAGGAUUAAUGAAGCUCACUGGUUCAGAAAAAUAGCUUGGAAUUUGGCUGUGCAAUCCAAUAAAGAGCCACUGCUAAUGAGAGAAUUUUUCAUACUUUCUUACAAGCUGUCCCUGUUUUGUCCUUCUGAUGAAGUAGUUAUGAUUGCACAGAAAACGUGUUUACUGAUGGCAACUUCAGUUGAUCUUGAGCAAGCGAGAAGAGCUCUAACACCUUUUGAACAGGCCAAAUUUCUGAAUCGUGCACUUGAACAGAUCCAUGAAUGCAGAGACAUCUGGACUGUCCUGAAACAAAAAGGGGACUUCUCCAAUGAUCCAUGUGAGACAUUGCUUCUGCUAUAUGAAUUUGAAAUUAAAGCCAAAAGGAAUGAUCCAUUACUGGAAAGCUUCCUGGAACCAGUGUGGGAACUGCCUCAUUUGGGAAGCAGAACACUAGAAACCAUUGCAGCUUUAGCAUUGGAAACGCCUGCCUACUAUCCUUCCAUUGCUGUAAAUGCCUUAAAGCGGGCUUUAUGGAUAUACAGAAAGAAGGAAACACUGGAUGUUAUGAGAUACAGCAACUGCAUGCGCAAGUUGGUUAACCUGCUGGUGCCAGAAGGGGUGCCAAAGGAAGAAAUCUGUCCCAUUGAAGAACUUUGGAGCUUUUUUGAUGACACUUUGAGCUUUCUUAGCUACACCGAAGGCUACCCGGAAAUGGAAGUUCUCUGGCUGAUGAUCAUAUCUUGGAAUACUGGAAUAUUCAUGUACACCCAUGAAAAGUAUCUGUCUGCCGAAAAGUGGUGUGGCCUGUCACUGCGUUUUGUUGACCACCUUGGCUCCCUCAAGAGAAUCUAUGAAACUCAAAUUCAUGUUCUGUAUGGUGAGCUGGCCCAAGCACUGGAUAAAAAGAAAAGGUCUCACUAUUUCAUGAAGAAGAACUGA